AUGUUCGCGCAUUGCAGCAACCCGAUAUGGCGGGUCGACGACUUGUCUCCAUGCUUCCAGUCCGACUAUCUCCAGGCUCUCUUCCCUUUGCUGGCAUGUACGAUAUCUCUCUUGCUUCUACUUCACCAAUCGCUGUGGCAAAGGACGACUCGAUUUCACAACCGGCCUCGAGAUCUCCUGGUCGAUACUAGCGAGGAGGAGCACGAGUCUAGCGAUGAAGACGAUGAUAGCCUUGCUAGGCUGACGUUACAAAAGACAUAUUCGCAUGGGGGUCAUUCAACGAAGGAUGUGAACAAACCUACAGGAGAAGUUUUCAUGGUCACUUUUGAAUUCCUACUGCUAUCCGCACAACUUGCCGUAAACGUCGUUGGCGUGUUGAACACAUCGCACCGGAAGAGAAGAAGUUGGACAUCAGAGACCGCUGUGUGGACAUAUCUCCUGGUUAUCGCUGGGGCACGUCUGGUCUCAUCGACAACAAGGUGGCAAUCUCCUCUCAAGGGCCUCUGGAAUCACAGUUCAACGCUGUACAUCGUGCAAUGGCUUUGCCAAGUUUGGGUCUUCCGUUCAGUUCUUAUUCACCGCCCCGGACAACCUUCUCAGACCUUGACAAUCGUCUCCUUUGCCAUCACGUGUACGCUUGUCGUGCUUGCACUCACAGCUCGAAAAGGAAACAAAGGUGUUUUAUUGGAGUACGAGGAUGGCAUUGAACCGUCCCGGGAACCUCUCGCCAGCGUCCUGUCUCUGGCAACCUUUACUUGGGUCGACCCCAUCGUCUGGAAAGGCUUCAGGAAGACUCUGGAGCUUACUGAUGUCUGGAAUCUGGCUUUGGAAGACAAGGCAGAGACAGUACUAGCCCAGUUUCGCCAGAUUCGAAAAACCCAUUCGCUGGCCGUCCAACUACUCCUACACUUCAAGGCCCCGAUCUUGAUUCAAGGCGCAUGGUGCAUGCUGGCCAGCGUCUUCAUGUUUCUUCCAACUCUCCUUCUGAAAGCCGUUCUGGAAUACCUGGAAAACACAGACACAGUUCCCGUUAGUGCGGCGUGGCUGUGGGUCAUCCUUCUUUUCGCCACGGGAGCUGUACAGGCUGUCGGCGACGGUCAAGGCUUGUGGAUUGGUCGAAAAAUCUGCAUUCAGUUGCGUGCUAUCAUUAUCGGCGAAAUCUACUCAAAGACGUUAAGGCGAAAGGCGGCAGCGGCCGCUGAUGUCAAGCCUGAAGAAGAAACUCCUCGAAAGAAAGAAGGCCUCUGGAUGAAGAUCGGGUCACUGUGUAACGGAAGGGGUCGAAAACAGCAGAAUGAUGCAUCUGACGCCAGCACUAAGAAGACCAUCCGAACCCAAGCGAACAACGGCACGAUUAUCAACUUGAUGUCCAUCGAUUCCUUCAAGGUCGCUGAAGUCUGUGCUUAUCUACAUUUCCUCUGGGCUGCGGUGCCUGUGCAACUUGUUAUGGCUGUGAGCCUGCUAUACAAAGUUCUUGGCUACAGCUCUUUCGUUGGCAUAUUCGUGAUGAUACUUAUUCUGCCGCUCAACCUCUACAUCGCACAUUCCUUUCAAGCGGCCCAGAAACGAAUCAUGACAGCUACGGAUGGCAGAAUCCACGUUACGAAUGAAGUUCUCCAAAAUAUCAGAAUCAUCAAGUAUUUCGCCUGGGAACAGCGUUUCCAGAACAAUGUCAACGAGAAAAGACAUGUCGAGCUGUCUGCUUUGUGGCGCAAAUACGUGUUGUGGGCAUCUGCAGCUACCAUCUGGAGUGGUGUCCCGAUUCUAAUCACCUUCGUCUCUUUCCUCAUGUAUACUCGAGUCGAGAAGCGACCAUUGGUGCCGUCAGUCGCGUUCCCAGCCUUGUCAAUGUUCUCUCUGCUCCGCAUUCCAUUGGAUCAGCUUGCCGAUAUGGUGGCUCACGUUCAAGAAUCCAAGGUUUCUGUCGAUCGAGUUGAACAGUUUCUGGAGGAAGCAGAAACGGAAAAAUAUGUGCAAUUGCGGCAGAGCAGACGAAGAAGUCUACCGGUAACUCGCAUUGCGUUGGAAAAUGCCACCUUAACUUGGGGAAUAACCAAUGAAGAUGCAAGUGAGGCAUUCAGACUCAUCGACAUGAACGUUGAAUUCUCAAUAGGCCAACUGAACGUCAUUGCAGGACCGACGGGAGCCGGCAAGACCUCCUUGUUGAUGGCUCUGCUGGGCGAAAUGCAGUUACUCAGUGGUGCUGUCCACAUCCCAGGCGGAUCUGUACGACAAGAUCUACGCCCUGACCCUGUGACGGGGCUGACUGAGAGCGUGGCAUAUUGCGCACAGCAGGCGUGGCUGGUCAAUGCGACAAUCAAAGAAAACAUUCUCUUUGCUAGUCCCUACGAUGAAGAUCGCUACAAUGAGGUCAUCUCAAUCUGUGCUCUGGAACGCGAUCUAGAGAUACUUGAUGCUGGUGAUCAGACACUUGUCGGCGAGAAGGGGAUCACUUUAUCAGGAGGUCAAAAACAGAGAAUAUCGCUCGCCCGAGCAAUUUACUCGAAUUCAAAGCAUAUUCUUCUCGAUGACUGUCUCAGUGCCGUCGAUGCUCACACGGCCAAGCACAUCUUCGAAGAAGCUCUCACCGGCAACCUGAUGGGUCACCGGACUUGCAUCUUGGUCUCGCACAACGUGGCACUCACGGUCCCACUCGCGAGUAGGGUAGUGGUCCUGGACAACGGUAGAAUCGUGGCGCAAGGGACACCGCAAGAAAUUGUCGAAAGCGGCGCGCUUGGGGACGAACUGUUCAAGUCACGUCCUGUUUCAAGAACCAAUUCCCGACCGCCAUCUCGUACUCCAUCCAACCUGGAAGAGGAACGCUCACAUUUAUCUGGAAGUCACGCAAACGGUACAGCGACCCCGAACGGAAGGGGUACCAACAGAAGCAAAUCAAAGACGAAUAAGCCUGAGAAACCAUUUAUCGAUCAUCGGCUUGAAGCAAAAGCCACGGGAAGCGUGAAAUGGUCAACAGUACAAAUGUAUCUCAAGGCUAUGGGCCCUUGGUAUUACUGGAUCUUCGCUGCGUGGGGAUUCAUAGCAACACAACUGGGUUCCGUGGCGACCAAUCUGUGGAUCAGACAGUGGGCCAACGCCUACCAUGUUCGCGGCGCGCAUACGACACAUGCUGCAACAAAUGCCUUUCACCACGUAAAGUCGGUGGGAGCAACGUCGAAUUUUGGAGGUUCGUAUGUUCAAAUGCCGCAAACAGCGCCAACCUACAGCAUAUCCUGGGCUGUCCAGUCGUUAUAUGAUGUCGACGAUGGCUACUACCUUGGGAUAUAUGCUGUAAUUGGAGCUCUCUACGUCUUCAUUUGCUUCUCCCGAGAAAUCAUACUGUUCUGGGGAUCUCGUCGCGCUUCGUGGUGUCUGCAUGAAAGACUGUUGACCAGCAUUCUUCGCGCCAAAUUCCGCUUUUUCGAUUCAACGCCGCUGGGCCAACUCACCAAUCGUUUCUCUAAAGACAUCCAGGCUCUGGAUCAGGAAGUUGCUCCUGUGGCGAUUGGCAUGCUUCACAGCGCCGCCGCUGUCCUUACAAUUGUGGUGCUAAUCUCCGUCAUCACUCCGGGCUUCUUGAUCCCUGGUGUCUUCAUCACCAUCAUGUACGUGUUGACCGGUCUCCUCUACAUCCGCUCGUCACGCGACUUGAAACGAAUUGAGGCAGUCCAGCGGAGCCCCCUGUUCCAACAUUUUGGGGAGACGCUGAGCGGAGUGGUCACCAUUCGAGCCUACGGCGACGAGUCGAGAUUCAUCGAGGACAGCCAAUUGAAGGUCAACACACACAACCGCCCGUUCAUCUAUUUGUGGGCCACUAACAGAUGGCUCGCGUUUCGGAUUGACAUUGCUGGGGCAUUGGUUUCUUUCUUCUCCGCAAUGUUUGUGGUCCUUAAUGCUGGCCGCAUCGACCCUGGCGCUGCAGGACUGGCCCUCUCUUAUGCCAUUACCUUCACCCAAAAUGUUCUGUGGUUGGUGCGCCUCUACGCUGCCAAUGAACAGAACAUGAAUGCCGUGGAACGAAUACAGGAAUAUAUCAACGUCGACCAAGAAGCACCCGCGAAUAUCCCAGAGACCAAGCCCGCGGCAAAUUGGCCCAGCCAUGGCGUUGUCGAGUUCAUCGGAUAUAGCACGAGAUACCGCCCGGAUCUGGACCCUGUGCUGAAAAACGUGACUUUCAAGAUCGAAGCAGGACACAAAGUUGGUAUUGUUGGGAGGACAGGCGCAGGCAAGAGUUCACUCGCUCUGGCUUUGUUCAGAGGCUUGGAGGCGGAGGCAGGGAAGAUCUUGAUCGACGAUGUCGACAUCGGCCUUAUCGGGCUUCAAGACUUGCGUGAAGCCAUCACGAUCGUCCCCCAGGAUCCCACUCUCUUCUCCGGCACGCUAAGGACCAACCUGGACCCGUUUGAACUCUUCACCGAUGAAGAAAUCUUUACCGCACUGAGGCGAGUGCAGCUCAUUUCAGGCGCACAUAGCAGCUCGGAGCAAUCGGGGGCAACGACGCCACUUGAAGCGUCUAGCCGAUCACCAACAGUUCGAGAGGGUUCGAGUCCACCCCCAAGUCAUAUCUCCUUCUCUGCGAAGGGGACCAUGAAAUCGGACACCACUCUGGUCCAAGUCGCGAUCGACCGGAAGGAAAACAAAAACAUUUUCCGAGAUUUGUCGUCCCCAGUGGCCGAGUCAGGCUCGAAUCUGUCUCAGGGUCAGCGACAACUUUUGUGUCUAGCUCGAGCAUUGUUGAAGUCACCCAAGGUGCUGGUGAUGGACGAAGCGACAGCAUCGAUCGACUAUGCUACCGAUUCGAAGAUUCAAGACACACUACGAGAGCUUCAGAACAACACCAUUUUGACCAUCGCCCAUCGAUUGCAAACAAUCAUUGACUACGAUCGAGUAUUGGUGCUUGACCAUGGCGAGGUAGUGGAGUAUGCGGAUCCCUGGGAGCUGCUACAAAAGGAAGAUGGCCAUUUCAGAGCCAUGUGUGAGACCAGUGGCGACUUCGACUCGCUGCAUGAAUUGGCAAAGAAAGCGUGGCAGGAAAGGCGGUUGAUUGAUGAUUCUUGA